CUGAUUGGCUGGCUGGGGCGCAACUUGAUGGCGUCGGGCUGGCGCGCGGCGGCCCCGGUGGCCGUUCUCGGGCAAAGGCCACCUGUGUAAGGGGUCCCGCGGCCCGAGCGUGCUGUGGCCUCGGUGAGUCGGAAGCGGAGGCAUGAGCCACCUUUACGUUUCGGCAUGAGUUUCUUGAUAGACUCCAGCAUCAUGAUUACCUCCCAGAUAUUUUUCUUUGGAUUUGGGUGGCUUUUCUUCAUGCGCCAACUGUUUAAGGACUACGAGGUGCGUCAGUAUGUCGUACAGGUGAUCUUCUCUGUGACUUUUGCAUUUUCUUGCACCAUGUUUGAGCUUAUCAUCUUUGAAAUCUUAGGAGUAUUGAAUAGCAGCUCCCGCUACUUUCACUGGAAGGUGAACCUGUGUGUGAUCCUGCUGGUCCUGGUUUUCACAGUGCCUUUUUACAUCGGCUAUUUUAUCGUGAGCAACAUCCGACUGCUCCAUAAACAGCGACUGCUUUUUUCCUGUCUCUUAUGGUUGACUUUUAUGUAUUUCUUCUGGAAACUGGGAGAUCCAUUUCCCAUUCUCAGCCCCAAACACGGGAUCCUGUCCAUAGAGCAGCUCAUCAGCCGGGUGGGUGUGAUCGGGGUGACCCUCAUGGCUCUUCUCUCCGGAUUUGGUGCUGUCAACUGCCCAUACACUUACAUGUCCUACUUUCUCAGGAAUGUGACUGACACAGAUAUUCUAGCCCUGGAACGGCGGCUGCUCCAAACCAUGGAUAUGAUCAUAAGCAAAAAGAAAAGGAUGGCAAUGACACGGAGAACUAUGUUCCAGAAGGGAGAGGUGCAUAACAGACCGUCGGGAUUCUGGAGAAUGAUCAAGAGUGUCACCACGUCAGCACCAGGAAGCGAAAAUCUCACUCUUAUUCAACAGGAAGUGGACGCAUUGGAAGAACUAAGCAGACAGCUUUUUCUGGAAACAGCUGAUCUAUAUGCUACCAAGGAGAGAAUAGAAUACUCCAAAACUUUCAAGGGAAAAUAUUUUAAUUUUCUGGGUUACUUUUUCUCUAUUUACUGUGUUUGGAAGAUUUUCAUGGCAACCAUUAAUAUCGUUUUUGACCGAGUUGGGAAAACCGAUCCUGUCACCAGAGGCAUCGAGAUCACUGUGAAUUAUCUGGGGAUCCAAUUCGAUGUGAAGUUCUGGUCCCAACAUAUUUCCUUCAUCCUCGUUGGAAUAAUCAUCGUCACAUCUAUCAGAGGAUUGCUGAUCACUCUUACCAAGUUCUUCUACGCCAUCUCGAGCAGUAAGUCUUCCAAUGUCAUUGUCCUGCUGUUGGCACAGAUAAUGGGCAUGUACUUCGUGUCGUCCGUGCUGCUGAUCCGGAUGAGCAUGCCGCUGGAGUACCGUGCCAUCAUCACGCAGGUCCUCGGAGAGCUGCAGUUCAGCUUCUACCACCGCUGGUUCGACGUCAUCUUCCUGGUCAGCGCUCUGUCCAGCAUACUCUUCCUCUACCUGGCUCACAAACAGGCACCGGAGAAGCAUAUGACGCCUUGAACUCAUACCUGUCACAGACUGCUAACAGGCCAGUGGCGUCAGAAUUUGGAUGUAAGAGGGAAAAAACGGAGGGGACCGGGGCCUGGUAUUUUUUAAGCCAACAAACGCUAGGGUAGCACACGCUGCCUGCAGCUCUGCCUUCCGCGUCAGACGGUACUGUGACCGUGAAGCCAGUAUGCAGCCGAGAGCAGCCUGCGUGGGUCCCAGGAGGGUGCAGCGUCAGGGGGUGGGCGGGAAGGAGCUAGGAGACUGCGGGGUGGGGAGAUCGUGGGGACACACGGGACCCCCACAGCAGGAGCCGUCUAAGGCAGCUGGGCCGGACACGGAGGACUGCUAAGUCAAGGUUCACAUGGAUGGAGAAGGUCACGGCUUUCCCUCGAGACUUUCAUUAAAAUUGGAGAUGGUGAUGCUUUGGCCUCAACUUCAUUUUACCGGAUAGCUCGGGGUUACACUCGUGGGAUCCAGCGCGAGUUGACAUCCACCCGCCCUUCCCCAGCCCCCGCCCCGUUAAAACAAGCACGAGGGUAUCGUUCUUUUCUGGGGAUGGGAUGGGACGGGAUGAGGUGCAACUAAAACAGAUUCCAGCAAAAGAGACUUCCAGUAUGCCAUUUUUCUUGAUUUACUUCUGACUUGAUGUUAUUUAAAAGUGAAUCGCUUUACAUUCAA